GCAUAAAUAACUAUGUAUCUCUCUUCUCUUCUUCAAAUUUUGGAACAUGAUCACCAAAUUUACUAUCCCGGAACUUGACCAAAAUGAGCUUCAAGAGAGGCUUUCUAACGCCCGAUAUCCCAACGAGUUGCAAGACGAUUACACGGGUUGGAAGUUCGGAUCGCCUACGUGGGCUGUGAAAGACAUGGUGGAUUAUUGGAAGUCGGGUUUCAGUUGGGAGAAAUCCAGAGAUGAGAUUAAUCGUUGGCAUCACUAUCAAACGCCUAUAAAUGAUUUAAAUAUUCAUUUUAUUCAUGAACCUUCUUCUCGGCCCUCAUCAAUCCCUCUCGUCUUGCUACACGGUUGGCCAUCAACGUUUUAUGAAUUUCAUAAAAUUAUCGAGCCUUUACGCGAUCAUCCAACUCAGGCGUUUCACGUAGUCGUACCAAGUUUACCUGGUUACGGGUUUUCUGAGGCCCCGAAAAAAUAUGGAACUGGCGGAGUAGCUGCGUUUGCUGAUGUUACUCAUCAACUUAUGCAGAAACUAGGUUACCACAAAUACAUGAUUUAUGGUACUGAUUGGGGAUCUGCCAUUGGAUCUAGACUGGCGCAAGACCAUCCCGAUCAUGUUCUUGGAUAUUUUACCAAUAUGAUGAUUGCAGGUCCUCCUUUACCCACCCUUCAAAACAUUUUCAAGCACCCACUUAAGGUCCUGAAAUUUAUGCUAUCUAUAGUGCUUGGAUUUGGUUACAUUUACGGUGCUGACUUUGCUCCUUUGGCAAACUUCUCGUUUGCUAAUGUUGAAAAAUAUGAAGGCGCUGCGUAUCGUGCAAUCCAAGGUAUGAGACCUUAUACAUUAGCCUAUGGUCUAACUGAUAGCCCUGUGGGACUGCUUGGUUGGAUGUUGGAACCUUAUCAUGUAUGGACGUUUCAUACAGCUGAAGAAGAAACGCAAAAUAUCCCAGAUACCAUUACGCGGGAUGAAUUUUUGACCCAAGUUACGCUCUAUUGGUUGACCAAUUCUAUGUCUUCUUCCAUUCGAAUUUAUUACGAGGCAAUGAGAGAGAUGGGAAAGGCCCCUAAAAUGGAUAUAAGAGUUCCGCUUGGUGUUUGUUAUUUCAAGAAUGAAGCAUUUAAGUUUCCUCGCGAUUGGAUCGAAGCCAGUGCUACAAAAUUGAUACAGUUUAAAACGUUCUCUACAGGAGGACACUUCCCUGCUCUUGAAGAAACAGAUCAUCUAUUGGGUGAGAUCCAACGAUUUGGAGUUGCUGUCAGUAAGCAAACACAGAAGAGCAAAGAUAUUUAAAAUAAAAUGGUCGACUCCUUUUUCUUUUUGACAUUUAAAACAAUAAACGCUUUUUAAAAUCCAGCGUAGUCCUUGAUGUUGAAUUUUGUAACAGAUACUUGGUUAUUUCAUUUGCUAAGUAGAUGUAAGAAGCGUCGUCACCGAACUAAGUCUUGCGCACACGAAAUAUCCUUGUUUCUCCAGAAUCCCAUCAUCCUUAAACGCUUUUUAAUAAGUCACACAAAGCCAUGUCAAUGUGGCCACAAGAAAAAU